ACCUACAUCCCCUGUGUCUUAUUUUCAACCUUCUUUUUUAUUUUUUACUUCAGAAAAGAGCCGGCGACAAUAAAUUAAUGCAUUGUGGACAUAAAGAUAAUUACAUUUAUAUUACAAUCAUUUUGUAGACGCUGUUCUUAAGAGUAUCACAGUUACUGCUAGCCUGGAGAACUUCAAUUGUUCCAGUUGUCCAAUCCCCUACAAACAAACUUGUCGGACGAGUUUGCACUCUGAUUGCCUGCGCAAACGCCGAGGUCUCAAUUGAGAUUGCGUUCACCUGGUACAGGCUGGGCGUCCGUGGUCUCGUCUUUCGUCUUUGAGGAUUACUCCCUGAAAAAGAAUGGAAAUGAAGAUGAAAUCCAAGGGUUUCUCGGUAUUACUUUUAAUAUUUUAUAUAGGGUUUGUACUUAACAAACCUUCCUCAUUGUCCUGUCCCAGUGGUCAAUUCGUACUGGAAAACCAAUGUGUUGGAUGUCAUCCCACCUGCACCGAAUGUUUCGGUCACGAGCUCUUCGAAUGUACAGCCUGCGGAGUAGAUGAAGACGGGUCGGAGCGAUUCCUCCACCAGUGGCGCUGUCGUCUCCACUGCCCCCGGGGGUUCUACCCCGACAGGGGCCUGUACGCCUGCGAGCCCUGCAUGCCCAACUGCGAGCUGUGUGCCGACGCCCACAUCUGCGCCAAGUGCACGGAGAACUACAAGCUCCAGCGGGGGCUGUGCCAGAAGGCUGACUGCGAAGAGGGCCAGGUGGCAGACCCUGAGAGAGGGGAGUGCAUUGACUGUGAGAUGGGCUGCAAAACCUGUUCACCAGAUGAGCCAGAACUGUGCAGCAGCUGUGUGGCCGGCUACUUUCUGUACAGGCAGCAGUGUCGCCGCCAUUGUCCGCAGAAGACCUUCGAGGACGGGGACAGCGGCACGUGCGUCCGCUGCCCCGAACCGUGCGCCGACUGCCGGAGCAAGACGCUGUGCCUGUCCUGCCAGGACGAGCACUUCCUGUCCAAGGACGGCUGCGUGAAGCAGUGCCCAGGCGGGAGCUUCAGGGACACCAGCAGCUGGCGCUGCCAGGCGUGCCACAGCUCGUGCCAGGCCUGCCAUGGCCUGCAGGCGCGGGACUGCGACAUGUGCCCCGACGGGAACCUCCCUCUGUACGGGCAGUGCCCCACCGUCAGCUGCCUGCAGGGGCAGUACUACGAUGGGAUGGACAGCGAGUGCCACUCAUGUGACGUCUCCUGCAAGACGUGCUUUGGGCCCCAGGCUCUCGACUGCUCUGCCUGCUUUACAGGCUACUUCCUGGAUCAGGAGGGCUCCUGUGUGGAGCACUGCCCCCCCGGAUACUUUGCGAACUCUGGCACUGGCCUGUGCGAGGCGUGCUCCCCAAACUGCCAGACCUGCGAGGAGACCAGCGACCGGUGCCUGAGCUGCAAGAAGGGAAACUACAGACUGUUUCUCCACCAGGGGGCGUGCUGGUCCAACUGCCCUGAGGGCUUCUUCGAGAGCGCGGAGGGCACGUGCCGGGCCUGCGACAGCCCGUGCCUCACCUGCGACGAGACGGGGUCCCAGUGCCUGUCCUGCGCGCCGGGGCGCUACCUGGAGGAGGGCCGCUGCGCCGCGAACUGCUCCCUGAGGAGCUACGCGGCCGAGGACGGCAGCUGCAGGCGCUGCGGAGCCCACUGCGAUGCCUGCGCAGACGCACGCAGCUGCUACAGGUGCAGCUUCCUGUACCUGCUCCUGGACGGAGCGUGCAAGGCCAGCUGCCCGGAGGGCUUCUUCGAAGACCUGGACCAGGGGCGCUGCGUCCGCUGCCACCCCACCUGCGCCACCUGCUCCGGGCCCCUGCCGGACGACUGCGAGGCCUGCUCCGCCCUCUACCCGAAACUGUACGAGGGCACCUGCUUGGAGGCCUGUCCCGCGGGCACGUAUUACGAAACCGCCGCCGGGGAGUGCCAAGAGUGUGACCAGACCUGCGCGGAAUGUUCCGGUCCGCUGCCCACGCAGUGCUCCCGCUGUGAGAAGGGCCUGGCCCUGGACCCGAACACCAUGAUGUGCGGCGUCACCGGCGACUCCCGCUGCCCGCCCAGAACCUUCCUGCAGCAGAACCAGUUCACCUGCCGGUCCUGCCACGGCCACUGCCAGUCCUGCGACGGGCCCGGAGCCUCUGACUGCCUGACGUGCGCCACGCCCAGAUUCCUCCACAACGGCUCUUGUGUGAGCCAGUGCCCCGCGGGCUCCUUCUCCUCCAGCGAGCAGGCGGACGGCGUGGAGCUGGGCAUCUGCUCCCCCUGCGACCCAAUCUGCGCCUCCUGCAAUGGGGCGUCGCCCAAGGACUGCCUGACCUGCUCCCCCGGCCACCUGCAGCUCCUCAACCUCUGCCUCUCCCACUGCCCCACGGGGUACUACGCUGAGGGGAGCCGGUGCGAGCGGUGCGACCGCUCCUGUGAGCUGUGCUCCGGGCCGGGGCCCGAGUCCUGCCUGGCCUGCCCCCACCACCUGCUGGACCUGCGGGGCGCCCGGCUGUGCGUGGAGCGCUGCCCGCAGAGGUUCUACCAGCAGGCCCACGCCUGCCGCCAGUGCCACUCCAGCUGCAAGACCUGCACAGACGGUACGCCCCAGGGGUGUCUGACCUGCGACUGGGGGAGCACACUGCAGGACGGCAUCUGCUACCCCCGCUGCGAGGAGAGCCGCUACUUCUCUGAGGAGGAGCAGUGCGAGCCGUGUGACGGCUCCUGCAGGCACUGCUUCGGGCCCCGGCCGGACCAGUGCGUCACCUGCCACCCCGAAUCUGCGCUCCAAGCCCUGGAGGACCGCUGCACCAGGUGCUGCCAGACGGCCUCCAACGCCACCGACUGCUGCCUCUGCGACACCACCACAGCGCUGUGUGUGGAGCCCCCCGGGCCGGUGACGCAGAAGGACCGCGCGGCGGUGAACCUCAGCACCCGCACGCUCCAGCACACCCCGGCCGCGCUGCCCGUCUCCCUCAUCAUCCUGGUCGCGGCGCUAACCGCGUACGCCCUGGUCCAAGCCCGGUCCAGGAAGAGGCUGUGCUGGAAGGACCGUUACGAGAGGCUGGGCGGCGGCGGCGAGCGGCUCGACUACGAACACAUGCCCCACGGCGUGCCCGAACCCGAGGACAGCGGCGACGAGGCGGACGUGGUCUACACCAGCCGGGACGGCACGGUCUACCGCCGGUACAACUUCCUCGAGGACCAGGACUCUGAAUGCGAGCUGGAGCUGGAUGAGAACACCCAUCUCAAGACCUAGAUUCCAGAAAGCUGCCAUUUUGGAUUACAUUCCAGAACAUUCCAUUAAAGGGAUCUGUUCACUGUAUUUAAAAAUGAUCCCCCCCCCACCCCAUCCAGUUGUACUAGUUUUCCUGAUGAGAAAAAUAUGUUUUCACGUGUAUUCUUACAAAUGUGGAUGGAAGGCUCUCAAAAUUACCUCUUUUGUUUUGAGCCAAAAUGAUUUGAGCUGCAGUGUUGAUUAGUUUGGAUGGAUGCUCAACUGAUGAAUUUGAUGUUAAGAUAUUUAUCUGUCUACAUUACGUGUGGAAAGCAGGAGAGGGCAGCCAGCUGUGAUUGGCUCAAAGGGUUAAAAUAAAUAAAUAUAUAAUAAUUUGU